CACAUGUAGACGUUGUACAGCACAAGCGACAAGCAACGGCGAGACAUCAGCGCGGAGGACAGUUCCAAACAGAGGCGCUCGCUUCAUCUGUGGAAAUUACGGAAGACAUUCCCGAACGCUCAUUUAACAAAACCGCAGUCGAUCUUUCCAGUGAUAACCAGAACAUCUGAAAAGGUGACGGCAACAGUGGAAAUACAAUCUGAAAACUCCAUUUGCUCCACUCUUUCGCAGCAGUGAGAAGUAUUCAUGCACGCGCUCCGUCUGUGAGUUUGUUGGACUGUGCGCGUUAUUUUUAUUGUCUACCGACAAAACAGCCUGCUAUACAUUUUUCAUUAACCAUUCAACCAUUGCAUUUCAAAUAGACACAAUGGUGAACCCUGGAGGAAGUGCCCAGCCCCCACCUGUUGGAGCGGGAUCUCUGUCGUGGAAGCGCUGCGCGGGAUGUGGGGGAAAGAUCGCCGACCGUUUUCUCCUGUAUGCCAUGGACAGCUAUUGGCACAGCCGCUGUCUGAAAUGUUCCUGCUGCCAGGCCCAGCUCGGAGAGAUCGGCACAUCCUGCUACACCAAGAGUGGCAUGAUCCUAUGUAGAAACGACUACAUCAGGUUAUUUGGGAACAGUGGGGCGUGCAGUGCGUGUGGUCAGUCCAUCCCAGCCAGUGAACUGGUUAUGAGGGCACAGGGAAACGUGUACCAUCUCAAGUGUUUCACGUGUUCUACCUGUCGGAACCGGCUGGUCCCUGGUGACAGGUUUCACUACAUCAACGGCAGCUUGUUCUGCGAACACGACAGACCCACAGCACUCAUCAAUGGCCAUUUGAGUUCACUGCAGACUAACCCUCUACUGCCUGAUCAGAAAUCAGGUCUAGAGGACAAGCGUAAUUCAUCCUGGCUGGAAGCUAAUUGA